UUGACAUGGGACUGGGACAGACACUGAGGGGGCGGCGGGAGAAGCGCGGACGGACCUGAGUGGGUUUUUCCUCCUUUCCUCCAGACAGCGGGUCGCCUCCUCGUGUAGGCAGCUGGAAGAGUUUAUUCUGGAGCUCGGCUCGAACCUCGACACUGUCUGUUCGUUCUGAGACUGUAGGUGUAUGAUGGCGUGCUGUCCUGGCCGAGUGGGCGACUUCUAGCAACAGGAAUUCAGUGACACUGGCAGCCCCCCACCAGGCCAUGCUGUAUCCCUGUGUAUUAACUAGAUUACCAAGCAGCUUCACCUUCUCAACAUUUCUCAGCAUCUGGAACUCUAUGUUCAAAGACAGCCGUAUCACUCGCCCUGCUUCAUGAGCCAGCAGGAUGCAGCUGAGGUCCUCGCACUUUCCGAGCGCCUCCUCAUAGCUUCACACAAGGGACAAGCCGACAAUGUGGUUCAGCUUAUCAACAAAGGUGCAAAAGUAGCCGUCACCAAGUACGGCAGAAGCCCCCUACACCUGGCUGCCCACAAAGGUCACCUUGAGGUUGUCCGGAUCCUUCUGAAAGCUGGAUGCGAUCUGGACAUUCAAGAUGAUGGGGAGCAGACAGCCUUACACCGUGCUGCCGUGGUGGGAAACGCUGACAUUAUCAGCGCACUCAUCCAGGAAGGGUGUGCACUGGAGAGACAGGAUAAGGAUGGCAACACCGCUCUUCACGAGGUUUCCUGGCAUGGAUUCAGUCAGUGUGUGAAACUGCUGGUGAAGGCUGGAGCCAACGUUCAUGGCAAAAAUAAGGCUGGGAACACAGCUCUCCACCUGGCCUGUCAGAACGGUCACACCCAGAGCUCCAAGGUUCUGCUGCUCGGUGGAUCCCGACCUGACAGCCAAAACCAUGCAGGCGACACCUGUCUGCAUGUGGCAGCUCGGUAUAAUCACGUGGCUAUGCUGCGCAUCCUGCUGGGAGCCUUUUGUUCAGUGUCAGAGAAGAACAUGGUUGGAGACACACCACUCCAUGUAGCAGCUGCCCUGAACCACAAGAAGACUGUUCGUGUGUUACUGGAGGCUGGAGCAGACAGUCAUAUUCAAAACAAUGCAGGUCAGACUGCUUUGGACCAGGCCAGAGAUCACAACAACCCAGAGGUGGCUCUGCUUCUAACCAAGGCUCCCCAGGUACAGAGCUUCAUGCGCGGCAGGACUGUGAGAAAGAGAAGAGAGAAGCUGAAAGCAGAACGCCGAGCGCGGUCGGUGCCCAGAGAUGAGAUGCUGAGCUGUAAUGACAGUGCAUCUGCUGCAGACGGCACCCAGAGCAGCGACCCAGCAGCUCCACUGGCAGAGGCAAACAGCAGACGAGAGAAGGCCAGGAAGCAGAAAGAAAAGCCAUCUUUGUCCGAACCUCUGCGCCGCAGAGAGAUCAGGAGGAAAAACAAAACACAUGGAGCCUCCCCUUAUGGAUCCAUUCCACCUCACAACUAUAAAGCUUAUCAGCUCUACACACUCUACAGGGGCAAGGAUGGCAAAAUCAUGCAAGCUCCAUUGAAUGGCUGCCGCUGUGACCCACUGCUCAGUAAACUGGAGAACCAGCUGGAGGCCACCAAGGAGGAGAUGAAGACAGAGAUCCACGCCAUGGAAGACCUGGUCAACAAAAAGAUGGGUCAGCUGGACCGCAAGAGCAAACACCAGAUCCGAGCUCUGGAUAAGAUGACAGUGGAAAGAGUUUCUGCAGAAAAGAGUGAGUGUGUGCAGAGGAUGGAGCACUGGGCUCUGCAGGAGCGACUGGAAGCAGAGAAGAGACAGACGUCUCUGGCUACUGAGCUGAAGAGCUGGUGUCUGUCCAAACUACAGAACAUGGAGGUCCGCUUCAUGGGAGACUCUGGCACCAAGCUGCAGCGCUCCUCCUCUCUGGCUGAUGAUCUGUGUGAAGCUGAUGGCGCCAGCAGCACCGUGCAGCCUGCUGAGCUGGGCUGCAGCUCCCCGCUCCCACAGCCCAGCUGGGCUGAAGCCAGUAAGGUGGAGGGCGGCUCGGCCAGCCACUACUUUGUGGUUCAUGCGGAGAACUCUCCAGAUGGUGAGAAGGAGCAUAAGACAGAGGCUGCAGCACCGUCAUCUGUCCAGGUGGUCCGGCCUAAGGAGCGCUCUGCAGACACUCAGAGGAAAAAACAGAACCUGCAGAGAGCGGGCCUGGCGGACCCAAAGGCUGCUGGCAGACCGAGGCACAGAGCCAGCAGCCUGUCUCCGGCCACAGGGCGGCGCUGCAGCAGCAGAGAUGCAGAGAGAGGCCGAGUCAGAGUCAGGCAGCGUGAAAAGCAUGCAGGCGGCAGGACCAGGUCAAGGGGAGAUACGGGGGUCCGGACUAUGGAACUGCUCAGAGACCCCUCUGGUGGGCCGACCUUUGCCCAGGAGAGGGACAGCAUGCACGCUGUGGAGGUGACCCAGUACUUCUUUGAGGCCGUGUCCACCCAGAUGGAGCGCUGGUAUGAGAGGAAGGUGCAGGAGGCUCGCUGGCAGGCCAACCAGAGGGCUCAGGCCGACAAGGCUGCUCUGGUCCAGAGGAUCGCUCACCUGGAGGAGGAGCUCCGUGUUCUGAGGACAAGUCGCCAUGACGACUACUAACACGCCUCUUCAGAACAUUCUGGCCUUCCAGGGAGUGGGGCUGUCUGGAAUAUUAGCACCUCCAUCCAUGUGGCGCUGAUUGUUAUUGCAGAACUGAGCAAGUAACUUAAUGUGUUCAUACAGUUCUUUAUUGAAAAUAACAUUCUUAUGUUCUUAACAUAAGGAUGCUACAUGAAGAAGCACAGCAUCUUCUUCAUAUAGCAUCCUUGAAAUCCACUAGGGCUCCUAGUAUGUACUAUGAGCCCUAGUGUUCACUAUGAUCCGUAGUGUUCACUAUGAUCACACCAUCAUGUGGGGACACGCCUGCCUGCCUGCCUGCUGGAUUCAAACAGAUAAGCUAUGAUGUAUUUAUAACACUGAAUGUGGAAAAACCUGGUGGAUUUCCAGUCAUUUGUUUUACUGCAUUUUAUUAAAGCUGUAGAGUUAACACACAGAUUGUUGAAGACUAAAGAAAAAAUGUUUAAAAUGCCACUGAUGUAAUUAAUCUGCUGUUUGCUGGAUGAGUCAGGAAGGAAGCCCACAAAGGACACAUCAUGGCAUUACUGGAACAGUAACAGCUUUUUUCUCUAGUUAGGUGAAAUAUUAGAGAUACAUGGAGGAAAUUUACAUUUAGGGUAAGCAUCUCAUUAGUUGGGAUUUUAGAUGUUGUAGUGAUUUAAAUAUAACCCCAGGAGUAGAAUAUUCAUUUUUUUAUGCCAUACAUCCUUUUUAAUCAAGUGCACACUCAGGGAAUCCAGGGGAAAUUCAUCAGAAGAAUCAUGGAUCUUUGCCAUUUUGUAAAUGUUUCCUUUUAUAUGAGCUUGAUAUUCAGAAGGAGAAACAGUUCUGACAUUCCUGAGACUAGAAACAGGUGUUUUGUCCCUUACUGAGAGCUGUACAUCCUGCAGUCCUCCAGGGCCGCUGGCCUGCAGCUGUUACAAGUCUCUCUGCUUCAGCACACCUGGCUACAUAUGAUUACAGUUACAUAUCAUUAGCAGGGCCAUGUAGCUUGACUGCAUGCUAAUGAUGCAGUUUUAAUUCAAAUGUAGGCCGUAGAACACUUCUAAAUGUUGCAGGACUCUGGUCCUUCAGUCUGCAGUGGUCAGUUUGAGACGCCACAGCAGAACUUCCUUCAGUGACCUGGUUCUGUAGCUCAUAAUGCUAUUUUAAUGUAUCAGGUAAUCUUCAGUGUAGUUAUGUAUGAAGACCUUACUGUGUCUUCAUACAGAGAGGAGUGUUUGCAGUUUACACUGAGGUCAUAAACAAUUUGGCUUUCAUAAUAAAACAUUAAGUAGAGACGGACAUAGGCGGGAUUCUUUGUGAACAUGAAACGUGAUGAAGCUCAGCUCAGUGUGUAACGUUGAAUGUGUUGCAUGAAGAACAGCUGCAGUGUUACUUUCUGAUGUCAAUUUUCCCUUCACAUGAAUAAUGCACUCUGAUCAUGAUGCCAGAAAACAUGAUAAAAAAAAGUCAAUAAAAGUUUCUUUAUUGCCUUUUUUAUUUACAUGAAAUACCUGAUUGGCAGAUGCUGCACUGGCCUCAUACAUGGACGUCAUGAACACACAGGGCCACCAGGUGGCGUAUCAUACUGUCAGUCCAACUGAAAUCCUGACUUUCUUCACUGAAGAAAAGUAAAGAACACUCCUGAAGAACGCAGAGGUCAGCUUCUCGCCAGCAACAGAGACUUCUGCAGCUCCUCCAGGUGGUUGAUGGCCUGUGUGAUCAUCAUGCGGAUAGCAUCCUGAGCCAAUGAGAGAGAGAGUCGAGAUCAGUGCAGCCCACAUACCUGAUAAUGGGGUCUUACUACAAGUGGACACCAUCAGAUAAACAAUCAUACUUUAUUAAUCCCAAAGGGAAAUUACACAGCAUUACAGUACAUACUGUCCAAAGAAAGACAGACACAGAAUACAUGAGCAGACGAGUGUCUGAGGCUGCAGCCUUUCAUUAGAGAAAUACAAUCCAUUAGGGAGGAUGAGGAGGAAAAAAAUCAUGAAGAAUGUGUGCAUGGCAAUAAUAAAGUCAGCUAUCUUCCUGAUUACAUUUCUGUAUUAAAAACUUUUUUAUGGUCUGAUGUAGUAUUCUUUGACAAACAGAACUGGGUUUUCAUCACCUGUGAGCCUUUAUUAAAAUUACACAGCGCUGACGUUCACAAUAAAGUUAUGCUGAAAACC